UCCAUCCAGCCGCCUGCUUUGCUUUGCUUUUUCUCUGCCCUGACAGCCUCCAAAGCCAGGCAUCUGCCUCUUUUGCCUGCACUCAUUUUGUCUUAUUCUGGAAUCUCCUCCAAGUGAUGCUCAUCCCUUUGGUUGUGAUGCUGCUGCAGACAGGCAGCAGCCACUGUGGCCUCCCUUUCUACAAUGGCUUCUAUUAUGAUCGAGUCAUGAAUGACAAAGGUGAUGGCAAUGGCAAUGGCAAUGGAGAAGUUCACUUAAACGGUGUGAGGCUGCUGGUUGAGACUUCGCAGGAUUCUGUCUUCUCCCUCCGCGGUGCCAACGUCACGCUGCCCUGCCACUACUACUACUCACCCAAACUGGAUGCCCCACGCAUGAUCCGCAUCAAGUGGUCCAAACUGAGGGAGGAUAACACCAAAGAUGCUGAUGUGCUGGUUGCUUCUGGGUUUAAACAUCGCAGCUUCGGUGACUUCCGAGGACGGACGCGUCUGCAGCGGUCAGCUCCCCAUGAAGUGUCCCUCGUGAUCAAUGACCUGCGCUUGCGUGAUGCGGGCAAGUACCGCUGUGAGGUCAUUGAUGGGCUGGAAGAUGAGAGUGGGACUGUGGAACUAGAGUUGCAAGGGGUGGUCUUCCCUUACCAGCCUCACCACGGACGCUACAUGCUCAACUUCCAUGAGGCUAAGAAGGCCUGUGAGGACCAGGAUGCAGUAAUCGCCUCUUUUGAGCAGCUCUUUAAAUCCUGGAUGGAGGGCCUUGACUGGUGCAAUGCAGGUUGGCUGGUGGAUGGGACAGUCCAGUACCCCAUCACUCUGCCACGGGAACCUUGUGGUGGGAAGAACUUGGCCCCGGGCAUCCGGAACUAUGGAGAACGUCACAAGAACCUCCAUUACUUUGAUGCCUUCUGUUUUUCAUCUGCUCUGAAAGGGAUUGUUUAUUAUCUGGCUCACCCUCGGAAGCUUACCUUGGAAGAGGCCAAGCAAGCAUGCCAGGAUGAUAAAGCAGAGAUUGCCAAGGUGGGCCAGCUCUAUUCAGCAUGGAAGUUCCUGGGCUUGGACCAAUGUGAUGCUGGCUGGCUGGCAGAUGGUAGCGUGCGCUACCCCAUCACCUCUCCCCGGCCCAACUGUGGCCCACCAGAACCCGGUGUCAGAAGCUUCGGCUAUCCUAAAGUAGGGAAAUUUGGAGUCUUUUGUUACAAGAGGAGCUAAAGGAAGGCAAGAAGUAGGCUGUGACAGCUCCCUACAUGCGUGGACGAUAUUGUUGUCACCUGCUCCCACCUAGAGUUUAUUUAAAGAGCCAGUUUGUGGGGGCUUUCUUUUAAUUAUAUGUCUUUUUAAUUGUUUUUCUUUGUUUGUUUUUAUAUUUUUGUAAUGAGAGGGAAAAAUACUGUACAACUUUGCAUUGACAGGCCUGGAGUUGUUUUGGUGCAGAUUCAAAGAUUUUCCACUCACUGCCCACCUAAUGCAGCGGCAGGGGAAAGCUGUGUUUAAUGGGGAUUUUGGGUCUAAUUAUUGUGCUUUCUGGAAUGGAAUCGGGUCAUGCUCAUCAUCUGCAGAAGGGAAAAAUCAUUUUCUGUAUAGCUAGUUGCCACGUCUCACUCAAUGAAUUACAGACUCCGGUGUGACAUUUCCCAGUUCCUACCAGCAUAAAUUUCAUUACUCCACCAAUAAGCCAAUGUUUACAAGCUCUGAAAACUGAGCCAGAUAGUUUGAAGGCUCAGGGCUCUACUGUACUAGCUUGCUGCAAUAGUAGGUAUCUCUUAGCUUGUGUAAAAUUAUCGCCGCUAAGACUUGUUUUGCUUCUUAGUUUGUUGAUAAGAAUCCCAGGGCAAAGAAAUAUAGGCUGUUUGACCAAGGCCAAUCCAGGAUGUUUUACUGCCUGAAGAAAAAGCGUAAGAUUGCAUCUCACCUCAUAUUCUUAGUCUGAUUUACAGUAGUUGACUGGAAAACAUUGGCAGUGGGACUGUGUUCUUCACAACUUAGGGCAUCGGGGUAGUUUAGGGGGUGUAGAACAGGCAAAGUAGGCUCAGGAGAUGUGGAUUGGGGCUGUCACUUAGCACCUGCCUCUUGUGGCAGGUGCCUUAGUCUCAUAAAAUCAUAAAGCUGGAAGAGAUCCCAAGGGCCAUCCAGUUUCACCCCCUGCCAUGCAGAAAUAUACAAUCCAAGCACUCGCGAUGGAUGACCAUCCAGCCUUCCACUUCUUUUUCAGUUACAAGAACUGCAAACACUCUUCCGUGUUGUGAAAAUUAAUGAUAUAUCAUCUGGUUACCAUUUCACAGUCGAAAAUCCUGGGAUUGUUGCACAGAACAAGAGCCCUUGUUAUAUGUAACUGAAGACUCUGUUUUGUCUUUUGUAUUCAUGUUCCAGACUUAUCUUGCACUGACUUCAAGGCCAAAAGUACAGAGCUGGUCCAAGGCACUUAACUGCCUAAGGUAACAAGAUGGAUCCCCUUUUUGAUCCAUGUACAAAAGCCAAUUGGCCUGGCAAGUCAAUCUUUCUUCAGUUUUGGUGAUGAGACAUGGCAUCUGAAGGUAGCAGAUAAGGCUAGGGCUGUAUAGCACAUAGCAUCUGUUGCCAAAGAUGAUGGACUCCCUUAGCCUAAUGGUAAACCCAGACCAGCAAAAUGAGGAAGGUUGUUGCUGAAAACUAUGCCAACGAAUCAUGAUCAUCCCAAAACAGAUUACUCUAUUGAUAGUAUGGCUGUAGCAGUGUAAGAAACAGGCGGACACAUGAAGUCUGAAUGCAGUUCUUAAUAUAUCACCUUGGACUCAUAAUAAGCUAUUGUUUGUGUUCAGCAUGAAAAUUCACCAGACAUAGGCUGCAAUCCUAUUAGAGGCAUACGUAUGUAGGCCAACUUUAUGCCUAUGUAUGUUCCUUUUUGGUCUGUAUGGAGGCUGGUAUUCCUGUCUUCCUUCUGCACUGACUAAAGCCCCCACCCCAAAACUUACCAUAGAGUCACCACACCCCCGUGGGAUAUUCUGGUGAGAACUCUGGUAGACAGGACAAAUGUCUGGUUCUGUCCCAAUAUCCAGAUGAGAAGUCAGAGGACCUGAAUAGACCUCAGUGAAGAGUACAGUCAUUUCAAGUCUGGAUAUAGGGACAUAGCCAGAUGCAUCUCUGAUCCUCCAUCACUCUCACCAAGCAUAGAAUUGUUGGCAGGGAAAGCUACAACAACUCUACAAGAGAUCCAGGUGGAACUACUACACUAUGCUGGACCAUACAGGAUUGUGGCUAUUGUCAAAAGACAAAUAAGGUUCUUGUUGCCAUAAUACAGUCUAGCAAUUUUCUUUAAAAAUGGAAAACCACAGGUUCCGGGGAACUUUUUGCAUCUUACUUCAUUCUAUAUGCCUUUCCAUUUUUUCACCCUGUUCUAUCCAGAAUAAGCAAAGUUCUUGUUUGGAUGCCUUCCUUGUGUGGUGCAGCCACACCACUAUUUUGGGAAACAUCUCCGUUUCCCAUAAUUUUGUAUUCAUCCCUGAAUGUACCCCAGCUCUUGUUUUCUUUCUGUCAAAGGCAGAGGUCUGCUUGGAUGCUUGGAAAUAAAACUUUGAAAGAAACCAGCCACGAAAUCACACUCUUCUAUUCCCCUGAGUCAGAGAAGCUGUUUCACCAACCUGAAACAUUUCAUUGGGCGUUGCAAGUUGUCGGAACAAGACGUCCCAUUUUUUGUUGCUCUGGAAAGAUUUAAAAACAGAAAUGGCAUUGAAAUGUGUGUUGGAGAGAGGGGAACAACAGUUAAUGAUGGGUAUCUUGGAGCAGAACAAAAAAGAAGUGUUGAAACAUGAAAGGUGUCAAGGUGCUGAAGGGUGGAGAAAGGGAAGGAAAGGGCUGGAGGGUUCGAGAGAGGCUGCAAGUCUGUUGGAAGCAGGAACAACAUUCAUGGAGAUGUCAGCGAUUAAUCAAAGGUCUGUGCUUAUUGUUUACAUUUGCAGAACAUAUCAAGGACGGCCUUCCUUAAAUAUUAAAAUAAUCUUCCCUUCAUAUAUACAGCAGUAUGUAAUGAAUAAAAGUGUGCAGAUGUUACAUGCCUGCCCCCCAACAUGUCAUAGAAACUGGGGAUAUGUGGCCAAGCAGCACCAGCGUGUGUAAAGAUGGCAAAAGUUAUUAAGGAGAAAGAACACAUAAGUUGAAGAGGUUGCAGCAUUUUGCUUUUGCCUGAGGUUACUGGAAAGGGUGAGAUUCUAUCCCCUCUGAGUUGAGAGCAAACUAUUUUGCACUUUGAGCUCAGUUUGCAACAACUGAAAUAAGCUGAGGACAAAGGGGGAGGAAGGGGAAAGCAACUUUUUUUUAGUUCCAGUAUAAGGCCUCUUUCUAUUGUCCAAAAGAAAAAGUCUCAUUAUGAAGACAAGGGGUAGGAAUUGUGCAACCCACCACAUAUAGUUGGGUUUCCUUGCUAGUGGCAAAGAUGGCUAGAUCUGCUGAGGCUUGUAGUCCCACAACAUCUGGAGGACCACAAUUCCCAUCCCAUAUCAUUCACACCAUACAUGAUGCCCCAUCUUCUCCUUUCUGCCCUGAAUUCUCUCACUUCCCUUUCGAUGAAACAUGUUUGUUCUUUCUUGGCAUUAAUGAACAUAUGCAUACUGCACUCAGGGUGGCACAUCCAGACAUACACACACACACAGAGCAUGCAACCGUCACCCCACAAAA